AUGAUGUUCUAUUUGAGUGGAAUGAUCCGCAACAGAAAGCACGCUUCGAGUUAUGGGUUAGGGGGUGUUUUAUUACAAGAAGAUGCAAAGAAGAAUCGGGAGGUAGUGGCUUAUGCAUCCCGAACGUUAAGUUGUUCUGAGAAGAAAUAUAGUCAAAUAGAAAAAGAGGCAUUAGCUUUAGCUUAUGCUGCGGAACAUUUUAAAGACUUUAUCAUAGGAAUUGAGAUCGUGUUGGAAACGGAUCAUAAACCCCUUGUUCAGAUUUUGCAGACUAAAGCGUUAGAUGAUUUGACCCCUAGAUUACAGCGAAUCCGGAUGCGUUUGAUGUGGUAUGAUUAUAAAGUGAUUUAUGUACCGGGUAAACAAUUAGUGUUGGCGGAUUGUUUAUCGAGGAACCCUAUAGAGGAGGACCAUAGUUUGAAAGAUGAGUUUGAAGAAGAAAUUAGUCAUUAUGUGCGUUUUGUUAUUAGCCAUUGGCCAGUGUCAAAUAGUUUUUUGCAACGGAUAAAGGAGGAGCAAGGAAAAGAUAUUGUUUGCAGGAAGUUGAAAGAUUUUUGUUUAGGUACAUGGCCGAACAAAGAUAGGCUACCAAGUGGAUUGUCGGUACACGAGGGGCAUUUGGGCAUAAACAAAUGCAGGGACCGAGCCAGACAGUCCAUUUGGUGGCUUGGAUUGAAUACGCAGUUGAAGCAUUUAAUCGAAAGUUGCCCACAAUGUAUUGAGCAUAGAAUAAAUAACAAAGAUUUUUUCGUGAAAGAAGCAUUUCCAGAUCGGCCGUGGCAAAAAACAUUAACUGUGGCAGAAGUUAUCAGUAAGUGUAAAGAAGUUUUCGCGAGAUUUGGUAUUCCUGAAAUAGUCAGGAGCGAUUGCGGCACACAAUUUGCGUUCGAGUUUCGCAAAUUUGCGGCGGACUAUGAUUUCGAGCACAUAACUAGUUCUCCUAAGUAUUCGCAAAGUAAUGGUGCUGCAGAAACUGCAGUCAAGAUAGCCAAAUCUAUUAUUAAAAAAUGUAAAGAUGAUAUUGCUUUAGGGUUUUUAGCUUAUAGAACUACGCCUUUAGAUAAUGGAUUUACCCCCGCGGAACUCAUGUUCUCCAGGAAGAUCCGUUCUCGCGUACCAAUAUUACCUCGUUAUUUAGGAUCGUUUAAGGAGCAUAAUAAGAUUAAGGUGAAGGAACAAGAACGGAAAGAUAAACAGGAACAUAAUUAUAAUAAGAGACACCGCUCGAGGAAGUUAUCGAAACUUAAUGUGAAUGAUCUCGUAUGGAAUGUAAGCGUUGAUGAGAAUGCGGAUGAACACAUUGUAAAGGCUGACACAAACGGUGAUGUCGAGACGCGAGAUGCAAGCGAAGUAGAGAGCGAGGCAGAGAAUACCGAACCCGAGAGCGGCGGUGCAAAUGUAUCUCUUCGCAGGUCCGAGCGAGAUAGGAAACCCAAUACACGAUUUCGCGAUUUUUUUAUGUGGUGA